CCCUGUUUUUUCCCUGCAGUUCUGGUCGUGGUCAAUCACUACCUGGCAUUCCAAUAUUUUGCUGAGGAAUUUUACCUCUUCUCCGAGGUCCUGGCUUAUUUCACCUUCUGCCUGUGGUUGAUUCCCUUCGCCUUCUUCGUGUCGCUGUCGGCCGGGGAGAACGUCCUGCCCUCCACGGUGCAGCCCGGAGACGACGUCGUCUCCAAUUAUUUCACCAAGGGGAAAAGAGGGAAACGCUCCGGGAUUCUCCUGAUUUUCUCCUUCAUCAAGGAAGCCAUCCUGCCCAGCAGGCAGAAAAUUUACUGAAAUUUGGGAAUAUUUGGGAAUAUCCAGAAGAUCCCCAACCGGAAUAUCCCAAAUUUUGCCUCUUUCCGGGAAUUCUUUGGGAAUUCAGAGACUUGGACACUCCUGGAGGUGCCGACCACGCUUGGGGUUUUUCCUUGGGUGAUUCCUUGGGAAUGGUUUCAUGGAAAAUCUUGGGAAUUUUGGGAAUCUCCCGGUUUUCUCUGCGGGUUUUUUUUUUUUUGGAGCUGCUCCUGGGUUUUCCUGAGGGUUCCACAGAACCGUGAAUUAAAAAAAAAUAUGGGAAAAAUCGGGAUAAAUCCGAAGGAUUCCACGCUGUCCCUUCAUCCUGUUUUUCCAGAAGGAAUGAUCCCAAAAAAAAAAAAAAUCAGGAUUUGGGCGGUUUAAAUCCUGAAAAUUCCCGUUUUCCCCUCCAGCAAAGCCUUGGGAAGGGAAUGGAUUUUCCGUGGGAAUCUCAGUUUUCCAAGGAAUUCCCAGAAUUUCGGAUUUUUCUGCUCCUGCAGACGAGGGGGAAUGUUGAGAAUUCCCAGAUUUUUCCUUCCUCUUCCAAAGGGUGAAAAUCCUCCGAGGGAGCUGCAAAUUUCUUCUUUCCCUUUAGAAAAUUCCCAUUUUUUUUCUGGAUUUUUCCAUUCCCACCCCAGCCACGCUUGGGAAUUCCCGAUCCAGAAGAUUUUUUGAGGAAUUCCCCAAAAAAAUUCCUUUGGAAAAGCUGGAAUUCUACUCUGAGACCUCUUGGAUUGGGAUUUUUUUGUUGAUUUUUGGGUUUUUUCCCCUCUGGAUUUGCUGGAAAAUUCCAGGAUGGGAAUGAGGAAAAUCAGGAAUUCCU